GAGCGCGUUCCCAUGGUGACGGCGUCCUGGCAACCGCUCCCGCAGCCCGGCCUGCCGCGGCGGCCCCGCUCCGCGCAGCCGGGCGGGCGGAGGGCCGCCACGCCACGCCACGGAUGGACGGACGGACUGACGCCCCGGCUGCGUAGAGGCAGUCACGACGCUUCGCGAACAGCUGCUCGAGCGGUGGCAGCGCGUUAAAGAGCGGGGCUCAGCCGGCCGCUGGGAUGCCGGGGAAAGAUGGGCAGCCCUGUCCUGCCCUGAUCCAGCACUGGCAUGUAAGAACUUAAACAAGGAGACAUAAAUUAUUGACCAGAAAAUGGCCCAGCGAAGCCCAAUCUUCCCAACUCUUGCCCCUUCUGAAAGACGGGUUCGAAACAUACCACUGCAUAGCCAGGCAUUGACAGCGGUCCCGUUGGCAUCUGCAAGCCUAGUGGAUCAGCUGGAAGACAGAAUCCUAAGCCAUGAGAAAACAACAGCGGCUCUUGUGGAACACGCUUUUCGCAUUAAGGAGGACAUUGUUUCCACUCUGCACAGAAUGCAGAACAAAGGGGGGGGCGACCGGUUGGCUAGGCAACUCUUGGAAGAACAUAUCCGAAACAUAACGGCAAUAGUGAGGCAGCUUAAUCGGGACAUUGAGAUGCUGCAGGAACAGAUACGUGUCAGAGACAAUCUCAGCUAUGGAACAAAUUCUACCCUGAAGAGUCUGGAAAUGCGGCAGCUUUCUGGUUUAGGAGAUCUUCGGGGAAGAGUUGCAAGGUGUGAUGCUGGGUUAGCCAGACUGUCUGCAGAGCAUAAAAUUACGUAUGAAAGACUUCAGAGCCUAACUAAAGACCAACACACCUCCAAGCUGAUCUUAGAAUCUAAAAUCAAAGAGGCAGAAAUACAGAUUUCUCAUCUUCUGAGCAGAGUAGAGCAAUCAAUAAUGCAACAAGAAGCAAAGCUGAAGAUUGCCUACAAAGAGAGCAACCAACAGCUCCACCUUCUGGAUAUGAAAUUAAAAAACGCUAUUGAGGAACUCAGCAGCCAGAUUUUGUCUGCACGCAGCUGGUUGGAACAGGAACAUGAAAGGAUUGAAAAAGAGCUUGUGCAAAAAAUUGACCAACUCUCAUUGACUUUUAAGGAAAACACUGAAAUGAGUGAAAGAGCUAUAGAGAUGAAAUUCAACCAAAUGGCAGAGAAAAUUGACAAAAUAGAAGAAAUACAGAAGAUAGCAAUGGAAGCACAUGAAGCAAAACAGACUGAAGAAAAGAUAAAUAUUCGCAUUGGCAAGCUUCAAAAUGAGAUAAACGAAGAUAUAAAAGAAAUGAAAGCUGAAGUUAAUGCUGGAUUUGCAGCUAUCUAUGAGAGCAUUGGGUCUCUACGGCAAGUUCUAGAAGCGAAAAUGAAGCUGGACAGAGAUGAACUACAGAAGCAAAUCCACCAAAUGAAGCAGGAGGUUCCGACGUGGGGAGAGGCUGGACCAUGACUGCAAGAUUUUGUCUGAGAGGUUAAUGUUUACCUGGCUAAACAGGCAGACUACCAUGUUGUUCCAGUCUGUAACCCAAAUUCAAUGCAUGUACCAAAUGACAUGCUGCUGUUGCACACGUCCGUAUGUUCUGUAUGUUUACUCAAAGCGGUAAAUACCAGUUCUUUAUAGAACAACUGACUAGAGUAAGCUUUUAGGGCUGAGGUGCUGAAUUGCCACCGCACUGCUCCAGUUGCUCUCAGGAGAUUAGGCACUGUGUAAAACUGGAGUAAUAUAUUGGUAAAGCUGGCACCUAAUUUGCUAAAGGCAUUCCAGUGCUCCCCAGUUUCGCUGGCUUUAUCAGGCAGGUAUAUUUAGAUACAUAUAAAAGCACCUGCACACACACACCCCACUUUAAAAAAAAAAGAUUAUAUCAUUUGUCUAAUAUCAGUUUGGCAAGGUUGUCCACCUUGAUACAAAAUACUUAACUGAACUCAAUGGACAUUUUUACAACAACUAUUGACUUCCUGGGGAGACAGAAUUGGCACUAAACAAACCAAUUUUCAAAACCUAGAUACCAUCACAAAAUUGUUUAGUUUUGCAAAUAUCCACUGUGUGUAUGUGUAAACUAAGUAGUGUUAUAUAAUGUAGUUGUAGACUAAGAUGAUUCAUGAACAACGUAAGAAACUUAACUCACGUGGUCUUAAGUAUUGUGACCUUUUUAAAUUAAUAACCAAGUGGAGUUGAGACAAGAUAACAGAUGUAUAUAGAGUAUUUUAUAACUGAGCAUGUGUUCCUGUGACUUGUUUCAUUAUAUUGGUAAAAACUUUGACAGGUUUGAAGAUAAAAGGGAAGGUGAUAAUCCAACAUAGUCUGGAGAAUGUAGUGUGAAAUAAAAUGAAGUUUAUGAUAUGCUUAGAAAUUUUUAUUGAAAUAAACCAACUGAUUCUUCAAA